UGUACGUGUUAAACAGUAGCUGUAUACUCAUCGGAACCACCAAAAAUAAAUCAUGAAACAUCAUAUUAUUUUUAUGUUUAUACAGCUGCUACUCACAAUUAUUAUUAUAUCGGUAUCGGUUGCACAAAAAAAAAUUCUUCAAGCUCCUCUACUUGGACCUUUCCAAUUAAACUUCAAACAAGUUUUUAAUUGCAAUCCUACGAAAAAAAAUAAAAUCCAACAUAACGUGUAUAUUGGUCACAAGGGCAAUAAUACAUCAUUACUCCUUGGAAAUUCUACUCUCGAAAUACCUCUUGACGACAGUUUAUUCUUGGAAAUGAAAAUGGCUCUCAAAGAUGCAUCUGGAAAUUGGAGAGAAAAUGCGUUUACACAGAAGACACCAAAGGCUUGUUCAUCGUUUAAAAAUGUAAUGGGAAAGAAUUGGCCAACAUUCAUACAUGGUAUUGGAUUUAAAAAUAUCGAUUGUCCUAUACUUCCGGGUACAUAUAUAGCUCCAGGUUUUGAUUUGUCACUUUUCAUGGAUACAAAUUUCCCGAAAGUAUUUAUAUAUGGGACAUACAAAUUGCAUAUGUUUUAUUCACGUAGAAAUGAGAUUUUUGGCUGUAUAGUUUGCAUCAUGGAAUUUAAGCGUCCUUGAAAUUUAAUUUAUUUGUUAACUACGUUUUAAAUAACUAUUUA